AUGAGUACGACAACGCUGCCUGCAAUUUGCAAAGACCUGGACGGUGAUGACCGAUGGUUAAGCAUCCACAAACGUUUCGUCGCCGAAUGCAAGGAGAAAGACCCGGACGUGAUGUUUAUUGGUGACUGCAUACUCGAGUCGCUGCAGUUUACCGACUAUUGGAACCAGCAUUUCGUACCGAUGCACUGCCUUAACUUUAGCAUACGCUCCGACCGCACGCAGAAUAUUUUGUGGCGGCUGCAGAACGGUGAGCUGGACAAUGUGCGUCCGAAAGCGAUCGUACUGCAUGCUGGAACGAACAACAUCGGAGAUUCGGCCGAGGAAGUGACAGAAGGCAUCCUCGAGCUGGUGCGGACGAUUCGCCAGAAGUUGCCUGAUGUGUACAUUAUACUACCGACAUUACUACCCCGUGGACAGCAACCGAACGAGCUAAGGGAUAAGAAUGAUCAGGUGAAUCGAUUACUCCGCGAACGAUCCAUUGGAGUCAACAAGGUGCAGAUUGUGACCGUUGACAAUGGGUUAAUACAAAGCGACGGUACCAUCAGUCAUCACGACAUGUUUGACUAUUUGAACCUUACUAACGUUGGCUGCAAAAAGGUGUUUGAACCGGUUUGCGAUCUGUUACAUCAAAUUCUCACGGAAAAUGAAAGGGAGCGUGAUCUCACACCAUCGGAGUAG